GUUUGCUUUAUCUUAUGGCGUGUUGUUUAUUCUGUGGUAAUGACUGAUAUUUUUUUAAGUAAAGGUUGUGCGCAUUUAAAUAUUUUGUUGAAAAUGAAUGUUGUAUUAUAGAACAGGAAGCUUGUAACCCUGUCAUGAGCAGCGCUGCCUUGAGAUGAGUCGGAGGUUGAAGACGUCAGGCGCACAUCACAGGUCUAGAAUGUCGCACGACGUGGAGUACAACAACUCCCGCAUGAUCAUGCAGAAGAUCGCGAGGCUGCACUCGGAGCGGCUGAUGAACGACGUGAGCCUGGUGGUGGGAGGUGUCGAGUACCCGGCACAUCGUCUCAUCCUGUGCGCGUCCAGCCAGGUGUUCCAGGUGAUGCUGAUGAACCCCGAGUGGUCGGAGUCCCAGGAGAGCCGCGUAGUGCUGCAGGAGUCUGAGGCGUGCGCGGCCGUGUUCGGGCACUUCCUGCGCUACCUCUACACGGGCCAGAUCCGCAUGAACCACGCGCUCGUCAUGCCCUUCCUCAGCCUGGCUGACAAGUACAUCGUCAAGGACCUGGCAGAGCUGUGCCUGAGCUACAUGCGCGCGCACGUCGCGCUCGCGGCCGUGAAGGGCCAGCUGGUGGGCUGGCUGCAGUACCUCUCCAACUGCGGCCACAACGCCGUCGCCCAGGAGUGCAGGCAGUUCAUAAAGCAGAACCUGGACCUCGUGGCCGGCGCCGACGACUUCGAGCACUUCGAGCCGGACGUGUUCGUCAGCCUGCUGCAGGAGAGCGACCUGGUGGUGGAGGAUGAGAUGACGCUAUACCAGUGGGCCGUCAAGUGGCUGAACGGCCAGCACGCGCGGCUCCGCGCGGCGGGAGGGGGCUCCGCAACCCAGGACGACGCCCACAUGCAGCAGCUCGUCAGGGAGGUCAUGUCGCACAUCCGCUUCCCGAUGAUCCCGCCCCGCGCCCUGGCCGACCUCAUCCUGUCGCCCCUCACCACCAACGAGUUCUUCCUGGACAGGAUGAAGAUCGGCAUGAUGUACCACAAGGGCCAGAUGGCGGAGGCGUGCCGCGUCACCGGGGAGGAGGGGGGCCGGCUCAUGUUCACGCCGCGCCUCUACACGGCCGGCCAGUGGGGGACCCCGCUCACCGUGGAGAACUUCCACGCGCUGCCCGCCUACCACUCGCGCACGCUGGUCUUCUCCAGCCACCGCGCGCUGGCCGACUGCACGGACGCCCGCUCGUGCGAGUGGGUGGUCGACAUCUACCCCAAGGGCGUGUGGUUCAUGAAGUUCUACCAGAUCGUGUGGCAGGGCACGGUGGAGGUGCCGGAGUGCGUGCUGCGGACGGUGCGCCUGUCGCUGACGUGCAACGAGCGGCCGCUGGGCGGCGAGGUGCGCGUGCGGGUGGCCAUCCUGGUGCGCGGCGUGGCGGACCGGGUGGAGCACACGGCGCGGGUGGUGACGCGCGACCACCGCUUCAGCGGCGCCGACACGGUGCUCAACCUGGACGGCCUGCUGCCCUACGAGCGGCUCAACCCGCCGUGCGGCCCGGCGGGGUCCCGCGGCCCGGCGCGCAGCCCCUACCUGGUGGGGCGCGAGCGCGACUGCCUCAAGCUGCACGUCGUCAUCGUGCCGCUGGACCGCUACUGCGCGUCCUAGCUCGGCCGUCGAUGACGCAUUCUAUAUAUCUGUUCUCUUCGACUUCAAAACUACAAGUGGUUUCGAUCUUGUUGUGAUGUUCGAAACAGACGUUUUAAAAAUAAUGUCGUUAACGGGUUGAACGUAAAUAAUUGUCAGGACUCUCUCGGAUUCCAGACAAAACAGUCUUAGAAACACAUUUUUAUAUCUUUCAUUCGUCGAUGACACUCAAAUCUGUUCUGUUCGACUUCAAAACUAUAAAUAAUUUCGAUUUUGUUGUGAUGUUCGAAACAGACGUUUUAAAAAUAAUGUCAUUAACGGGUUAAACAUAAAUAGUCAGGAAUGUGUUGUUACAAAAAGACAUGGUGACGUUUAAUCAAAAACCUAAUUUUUUUUCUAUUUCUACAAUCCUGUGGACACCCAUGUCGUUUCUGGCCGACUCAGUGCGCUUUUCUGUUUCCGUGCGUCGUUCGGACGGUGUUUUAGAUUUUUUUUAUCACCUUAGGCACGUUUUAGCACUAAUUUGCUGUUAAUUUGAUACACUGCUAGUAGUAGUAUUGUUUUUUUAUGGAAAUUACACAGUAUAAUUUAUUUUGGUUAUGUGCAGUUUUCAGGAGGAUAACAUAAAAAUUGUGCUUACGUGUACACAGAAGGUUCGAGAAACAGGGAAGAACAGUAAUGAUUGUCUCUGUGAAUCUCAGAGAACAAUGAAGCGAACAUUUGCUCAGGGAGUGUGCCAUACUAGACUCUAGUUGUGUGGUGUUCAUAGGUUAGCUGAUUUGAAAAUGCAUAUCAUGGCUAAUAAUAAUAUGAAAACUGUCCCUGUUGCACCUCAUAAAAAAAUUUUGAACCUCAAAAAUUGUUGACAGUGGGUUUAAGCUCUUUGGGCCCAUUCAUAAUUCCAGUAUUGUAUGUUUAUUUGAAGAAUGGUAUUAAGUUUUAACCAAUUAUGCCCUAAGAGAAAAAAAUUUUUCGAAUGUUUAGCAUUUCAAAAUAUUUUCUGACUUGCCAGCCUUUGACAAUAUUUUCACCACUGCAACCUUUUAAUUUCAUAUUUACUUUGCUGUUUGCAUUUUUCUGUAAUAAAUGCCUUUUGUUCUCUGAGAAGGGAUUUUUUUAAAUUUUAUACUGGGCAGAAAUGUGGUUAAUUGCACACUGCUCGUGUGGGCUGCAUCACUCGACGUUCCGAGAGGUUACAGCUUUCAGUAUAACUCCAAGUCUUGGGGUUUCGUGUUGGAAAUUCAAACAAAGCGUCUGUUGUAUAGCACAGGUAUUUGCUGACACCACAUUGUUUAAACACACAAGGUUAAUUAUGGUUUCUAUCGUGAUGUCGGUGAGAAAAAUUUAGUACAAGAUUUGUCAAACUACAGUACAACCCUGUUAUAACAUUCUCCAAGGGACCAACAUAAAAAAAUGUUAUAAGCAGGAAAAUGUUAUAAGCAGGAAAUCAUCUUCACUUUGUAAAAAUUAUGCGUGGAUUGAUUAAAUUAAAAAAGUAUAGGUAAAACAACACAAAAUACAAGUGUAUUACACUAAGUACAGCAAUAGAGUGGAAAAUUGGUUAAUUUUAUUUAUAGAUAAUACCUAAUAAUAUGCUAAAGAAAACAAAAUGUUUUGUACGAUACAGUUCAGAGUCGAAACAGAAAUAUUCAACUCAUUUGCAAUCACAACACGCGUUUUGUUGGGGUUCCUGUCCACUUGGUUAAUAAACUGAAUUUUUUCAGCUACAGAAUAUAUUUUCGCUUAUAUUUAUCGGCCAUCAUAACUGUACAAAAACCUGAAUAAAAUUUCAAUACGGCGUAUUUUAAUUAAAUACAACCGUGACUACAAUAAGUAAAAAAAAAAAAAAAAUUACGGUAAAGGUUAACCACAAACAAAAGCCGUGAAUAUAUCCAUAGAACAGUUAACCAUCUCAAGGUGUUAAACCUUUGAAACAAAAACCAGCACCAUAGACUAUAGUAGCAUUGUUUCCGACCAUGUAUCAGUGCACAAAAUGCGCAUCAUAAGUAUAAAGGAACAAAUCAUAGGCUAAGAAGCGCGAACAGGACGCCAUAUUGAUAGUCGAUCCGGUGAAAGUUGUGGAGUGCGUGUGUACCACGUCUAUGGUGAACUACUCAAAUGUAAACAUCUGAUGUUUGUAUAUGCGUGCUGUAUUUUCUAGCUAUGGUUUCGCUCUAAAUUAUGACUUUGAAGGAAGGGAUACUGCAUUUUGUGGCAGUUAUCAAAGAAAAUUUGAACGUUAAAGGCGGGAAUGUAGAAAUUUUAAUAUUGUUACAGGCGGGAAAUUAAAGCAUUGUGAUAAAUGGAGAAAUGACGGGACCAUGAAAUUAUGGUGUUAUAGGCGGGAAAAUGUUAAAAACGGGAAUGUUAUAACCGGGUUGUACUGUAUAAGGAAUAUCUUUCAUAACACUUGUACAAACAUUUAAAGACACAAUAAAAAAUAAACAGUGGAAACCUCUCCAUUUUAUAUUAUUUGGUGGUCUUUUUUCAAUUGAAACUCAAAACAAAAAAAAAACACCUUGAAAAGGGGAAUCUUAAGUUUUACCCAACCUUUUGUACAAGCCCUCAUAAUCCAAAUGAAACUUUUAUACUGCUUUGUAGAUUGUAUUAUUGUCUCAAUUUUGAAUAGUGAAUGACAACGUAUUUACAUGAAUCUGAAAGUUAAAAAACAAAAAAAAUCAUUUUAAAAAUUAGAGAAGAACCUACAAGUGUCUUGUAUUUGUUGAGCUCGUGUAAUUCAUGUUGCUCUUUGUAGCAUUGAAUUUAGGCUGUCCAAAUUUUGGUCGACACCGUAAAAUUUAGACGGCCUUUUUCUUGUUUUUCACUUAUCUUACUUAUCUUGGAAUAUUGUCCAAAUUGACUUAAAGUAAUUUGAAAGCAAACAGCAGGCAGAGUAGCAUGCCAUUUUACACCCAGUGAAAUAUGUAUCUGUUGAAAAUAUUUGUGGCAGAACAAGAAAUUCAAGGGAAGUAACAAGGUAAAUUUUUAAAAAUACGGUAGUCCUUAAAUUAUAGUAAUGGCGAAAAAAAAAUUAAAAUUAUCUCUAUGGUAUGUGAGACUAAGUCUUACCGUACUGUUUCGGUUAUAACUGUGUAGUUGUUGCAUUAAUUUGUUCGUGAUUUUAAUUCAGCUGUACUUUCCAUUUUAACUCUGUAGUGGAAAAAAUAAGACCACAAAGUUUUUUUAGGAUAAUUAUCAGUAAACUUCUAAUUGUAACCUACCUACCUUCUGGGGUUGGUAGAAAAUAGCACGUACAUGUACAAGUGUCAGCUUCAUGUUUAUUAGCUACAGUUCUCAAUCACUCAAGUUUUUAAGAAAACAUGCAAGUAAAUGACUUAAAAAUUUACUUGUCAUUACAAGCUUACAGGAGUACUUUGUGAAACACUUGUAACAGUAUAUACUAUAUAUACUUGUAAAAAAAUUACUGGUUAGUUACGAACUUGUACUUUUGUAAAAUGGACCCUUGGUGAAAUUCUUGUGUGUCCACCUUGAAUUUGAAAUUUAUAUGAUGAGUGUUGUGCAAAAUGUUCUGUUAUUAUAAGAUAUAAGUGCAAUAAAAAAAAUUCUUGGCUGUGUGUUAUUGAAGGUACUUAAAUGUUUGACCUCUAGAACUGACAUUUGUAAAACUUAUGUAACUUUAUAAGUACACUGUCAACCACUUUUGAUGAUUUGUCCCAACAUCUGUGUACAUAUAAAGUAGAAACAUUUUACUGGAUUGUUUUCAUGUUUACUGUUCAUGUGCCAUAUAGGUAUACAUAUUUAAUAUACUGUAUACAUUUAUUUUGUAUCUGUACCACUUCAUGAAUUGUAUCAAGAUUUGAGUGAUGAUAAAGUUUUUGAACCAAA